AUGAAUUGCAAAGCUACGAUCAGGGGCAUCAAGAAAUCAUCAGAGUGGUACUAUUCGGCUUGCCAGAAAUGCAAAGGCAGGCAUGCAAUAGUGGACAACACACAAUGGCGCUACUCCUGCAAUGAGGAGGUCAAGACCCCAGAGAUAAGGUUAUUAUUAAAGCUUAGGGUGAAAGAUGAAAAUGAUGCAUCAAUAUUUGUUGUGCAUGGAGAAACAGCUGAACAGCUAACUGCUAUCCAGCUAAAUGAGAUCAAAGCAUGCAUAGAUGAAAAAAAUAAAGAAAAACAACGCAACUUAAGACGCGCUAUAGCUGAGAAGAUUAGAGGAUACCAAUGUAUCUUUAAUCUUGAGGUGAAUACUCCAAACCCUACAUCUUUAAUCUUAUCUGAUACCGAUAGUGACUUGGAUGAAAGCUCUACCGACUCGGAUGUAAUUUCUCCGGAGACACCUUCCAAGAAAAAAUGUCGCAGGAAGCUAAUCAUGAUUUCUGACGGUGAAUUAGAAGAAACCAAACAUCCCGAAGUGAUGAUCAUAUCAGACGACAGUGAAUCAGAAGAAACCAAACAUCCCGAGGUGGUGAUCAUAUCAGACGACGAAAAUUAG